UAUGUGUGUGUGUUGUCUCUCUCCAGGUGUGUGUGUGUGUGUGUUGUCUCUCCCCAGGUAUGUGUGUGUGUGUGUUGUCUCUGUCCAGGUGUGUGUUUGUGUUUUUCUCUCCAGGUAUGUGUGUGUGUUGUCUCUCUCCAUAUGUAUGUGUGUGUGUGUGUGUGUGUGUGUGUGUGUUGUCUCUCUCCAGGUGUGUGUCUGUGUGUGUUGUCUCUCUCCAGGUGUCUGUGUGUGUUGUCUCUCCCCAGGUGUGUGUGUUGUCUCUCUCCAGGUGUGUGUGUUGUCUCUCUCCAGGUGUGUGUGUUGUCUCUCCCCAGGUGUGUGUGUUGUCUCUCUCCAGGUGUGUGUGUUGUCUCUCUCCAGGUGUGUGUGUGUUGUCUCUCUCCAGGUGUGUGUGUUGUCUCUCUCCAGGUGUUUGUGUUGUCUCUCUCCAGGUGUGUGUUGUCUCUCUCCAGGUGUGUGUGUUGUCUCUCCCCAGGUGUGUGUGUUGUCUCUCUCCAGGUAUGUGUGUGUGUUGUCUCUCUCCAGGUGUGUGUGUGUGUUGUCUCUCUCCAGGUGUGUGUGUGUGUUGUCUCUCUCCAGGUGUGUGUGUGUGUUGUCUCUCUCCAGGUGUGUGUUUGUCUCCAGGUGUGUGUGUGUGUGUUGUCUCUCUCCAGGUGUGUGUUGUCUCUCUCCAGGUGUGUUGUCUCUCUCCAGGUGUGUGUUGUCUCUCCAAGUGUGUGUGUGUGUGUGUGUUGUUUCUCUCCAAGUGUGUGUGUGUGUUGUCUCUCUCCAGGUAGGUGUGUGUGUUGUCUCUUUCCAGGUGUGUGUUGUCUCUCUCCAGGUGUGUGUUGUCUCUCUCCAGGUGUGUGUUGUCUCUCUCCAGGUGUGUGUUGUCUCUCUCCAGGUGUGUGUGUGUGUUGUCUCUCUCCAGGUGUGUGUUGUCUCUCUCCAGGUGUGUGUGUUGUCUCUCUCCAGGUGUGUGUGUUGUUUCUCUCCAGGUGUGUGUGUUGUCUCUCUCCAGGUGUGUGUUGUCUCUCUCCAGGUGUGUGUGUGUGUUGUCUCUCUCCAGGUGUGUGUGUGUGUUGUCUCUCUCCAGGUGUGUGUGUUGUCUCUCUCCAGGUGUGUGUGUGUGUUGUCUCUCUCCAGGUGUGUGUUGUCUCUCUCCAGGUGUGUGUUGUCUCUCUCCAGGUAUGUGUGUGUGUUGUCUCUCUCCAGGUGUGUGUGUGUGUUGUCUCUCCCCAGGUGUGUGUGUUGUCUCUCCCCAGGUGUGUGUGUUGUCUCUCUCCAGGUGUGUGUGUGUGUUGUCUCUCUCCAAGUGUGUGUGUGUUGUCUCUCUCCAGGUGUGUGUGUGUGUUGUCUCUCUGCAAGUGUGUGUGUGUUGUCUCUCUCCAGGUGUGUGUGUGUGUGUGUUGUCUCUCUCCAGGUCUGUGUGUGUGUUGUCUCUCUCCAAGUGUGUGUGUGUUGUCUCUCUCCAGGCGUGUGUGUUGUCUCUCUCCAGGUGUGUGUGUGUGUUGUCUCUCUCCAGGUGUGUGUGUGUGUUGUCUCUCUCCAGGUGUGUGUGUGUGUUGUCUCCCUCCAGGUGUGUGUGUGUGUUGUCUCUCUCCAGGUGUGUGUGUGUGUUGUCUCUCUCCAGGUGUGUGUGUGUGUUGUCUCUCUCCAGGUGUGUGUGUGUGUUGUCUCUCUCCAGGUGUGUGUGUGUGUUGUCUCUCUCCAGGUGUGUGUGUGUGUUGUCUCUCUCCAGGUGUGUGUGUGUGUUGUCUCUCUCCAGGUGUGUGUGUGUGUUGUCUCUCUCCAGGUGAGUGUGUGUGUGUUGUCUCUCUCCAGGUGUGUGUGUUGUCUCUCUCCAGGUGAGUGUGUGUGUGUUGUCUCUCUCCAGGUAUUCGGGCUACAGUGACGCUAGCUGAACUGCAGGAGGACUUCCUGUCCCGUAAGGGCGGUGCCACAGCGA